AUGGCUGCCAUGGGCCGGUUAGGCUUCUUGGCCACUGCGGUCAUCUUUCACCUGGUCUACAUCUACUCCAUCUUCGACAUCUACUUUGUCAGCCCUAUUGUCUCUGGCAUGCAAUUGGUUCCUGUGGACCGUCCCGCAAACAUCAAGAGUCCUGCGAAUCGAUUAGUCCUUUUUGUUGGCGACGGGCUACGAGCCGACAAAGCCUUCCAAGCCUUUCCUGAGCCGUACCCCGAAUCUGAAGACGACCGUGUUCCCAGGCACUUGGCCCCCUUUCUUCGUUCUCGAGCUCUCCAACAUGGAACCUUUGGAGUUUCGCACACGCGCGUUCCGACAGAAUCUCGCCCUGGCCAUGUGGCUCUGAUCGCUGGUCUUUACGAAGAUGUUUCUGCUGUGGCAACUGGGUGGAAGCUCAACCCUGUCAACUUUGACAGCGUGUUCAACAGGAGCCAUCAUACUUGGAGCUGGGGCAGUCCUGAUAUUCUACCCAUGUUUGAGACUGGUGCUGUUCCUGGCCGUGUUGACGCACACACAUAUGACGCCGAUUUUGAGGAUUUCUCCAAAGAUGCGACUCACCUCGACUUUUGGGUUUUUGACCAUGUUAAAGAAUUGUUCACCAAAGCCGCCACCAAUAGAACACUUGAUCGGGCCCUUCGACAGGAAAAGGUUGUUUUCUUCCUUCAUCUGCUUGGUCUAGACACAACUGGACACUCGCAUAGACCUUACUCCAAGGAGUAUCUGCAUAACCUUCAGAUUGUCGACAAAGGAGUUCAGGAGGUGACCGACCUUGUCCAAAGAUUCUAUGCAGAUGAACGGACUGCAUUUGUCUUCACUGCGGACCAUGGCAUGAGUGACUGGGGUAGCCACGGCGAUGGCCAUCCAGACAACACCAGAACACCUUUGAUCUGCUGGGGUUCGGGUGUGGCUUCCCCUAAUCUCUACCCAGGGACAAUAGCUCCAGGCCACGACGAUUAUUCGGCUGACUGGGGGCUGGAUCAUGUUCAAAGACAUGAUAUUGCGCAGGCUGAUGUUGCUGCGCUCAUGUCCUAUCUCAUCGGCACCGAGUUCCCGGUAAACUCUGUUGGAAAGCUGCCUCUCCCAUACUUGUCUGCAAAUAAUCGGCAAAAGGCAGAAGCUCUGCUACUCAAUGCUCGUGAAAUAUUGGAGAUGUACAAAGUCAAAGAGCAGAAGAAGCAAGCGAAUGAAAUGAGAUAUAAACCAUUUGGCGCUUUCAGCAGUGCAGAGCUAGCUCCAUCACAGCGAGUAGCUAAUAUUGAUCAGCUCAUAUCUCUCGGAAAAUACGAAGAGGCCAUUGAGGAAAUUGACGCCCUCAUCAAUAUUACGCUUGAAGGGCUGCGCUACCUUCAAACCUACGACUGGCUGUUUUUGCGAGCUUUGAUCACAGUUGGAUAUCUUGGCUGGAUCGCAUAUGCCAUCACGACGGUCAUCGAUUUGUACGUGAUUCCGACGUCGACUGUACCCCAGCGCAGCACCUCGAGUGUUGCCGGAUUUUUCUCAGUCUUGGCCGCACUAUAUGCGUCUUUCAUUGCUUCUAAAUCCCCCCUUACGUACUAUGCUUAUGCAUUCUUCCCUGUUGUCUUCUGGGAAGAAAUCUAUGCACAAAGGUUCAGUCUGUUUGAGGGAGGCAAAAUACUCUUUGGACACAUUGGAUCUGCUGGCGGAGUUGUAACUUUUGUUGUAAAUGCGCUCGCUUACUGUGCCAUUCUGGUUUCUUUGGCUCUCGGCUACGAUCAUCGCGAAAUUUUGACUGGGCUGUUCAUCCUGGGAGCAGCAUGGCCUGUCAUGUCUGGCACAUCAUUCAUUCGCUCAAAUGCCCUCCUCAGCGCAGCAUGGGCGAUAUUCUGUCUGGUUAUGAGCACUUUUACACUCUUACCUGCAAUGAAAGUUGAGAAUGUGGACCUAAUUGUCUUCAGUGGUGUCAUCAUGAGCCUUGUCGGUCUUUUCUAUAUGAUAUUUGAGACUAUGAUUUUGUCAGAUUUCUCUUACCAGAAGGCUGAAAUCGACCACAAUUCAAAGUCGCUCGUCAGUAGGGCUGUGACCGGUGUUCAGGUCGGGCUCAUUAUUCUUGCAACCUUGGUAACUCGCUCCAGCGCUCUAUCUCUCCAAGCCAAACAGGGGUUACCCUUGGGCAAUCAAAUCAUGGGAUGGAUCAUUUUGGUUUCAUCGUUUUUGAUGCCAACACUCCAUCGAUUGCAGCCAAACAGCAACUUCAUGCACCGCCUGGCAAUGAUAUUCUUCACAUGCGCCCCGACAUUCAUCAUCCUCACGAUAUCCUACGAAGGCUUGUUUUACAUCGCGUACUCUAUUUUACUCGUCAUCUGGGUUCGCUUGGAAUACCGUAUCGACACUUUUGGUAAAAGCCAAGCAUCCAGCAGGAACGGUUUUGCAAAGGCGGAUCAAAGCGUGCCGAACCGGCAACUGCGCUUGUCAGACGCCCGUGUAUCACUCUUCUUCAUGGUGCUUCUUCAAUCGGCCUUCUUCAGCACUGGAAAUGUCGCUUCCAUCUCAUCUUUCAGCUUGGAGAGCGUUACUCGUCUGAUCCCUGUGUUUGAUCCAUUUUCUCAGGGAGCACUCCUUAUUCUCAAGCUGAUGAUCCCGUUUGGCCUCAUUUCGGCAAACCUUGGCAUUUUGAACAAGCGACUUCGAAUCGCCCCGUCAGCAUUGUUCAUGGUUGUCAUGGCAAUCAGCGAUAUCUUGACUCUCUAUUUCUUCUGGGUCGUUAAAGAUGAGGGAUCUUGGCUAGAAAUCGGGUCCACUAUCAGUCACUUUGUGAUUGCUAGCCUUCUAUGUGUGUUCGUUGCCGCUCUAGAAGGGGCCAGCGCCAUGUUCAUCAGUGGAAUUGAUGUUAGCGACGCACCACCUCAAGACCCAGGAAGCCAGGCCCACGCCAAUGGAAAGAAGAGCCUGGAAAAGAUACAGGAGUGA